AUGUCCGUGCAUGAGAAAGGCCCCUACGACCAUGAGGCCGCACCGGCCUACGAGCCUCACGAAGGCCAUGUGAACGAGGACAAGCUCCGCCGCGCUCUCUCGGCCAGACAGGUGCAGAUGAUCGCCAUUGGAGGCACUAUUGGCACGGGGCUCUUCCUGGGCACCGGCAAGGCGCUCGCCACGGGCGGCCCCGCAUCGCUGCUCAUCUGCUACGCCAUCGUCGGAGGCAUCGUGUUCACGACCAUGCUCUGCCUCGGCGAGAUGGCCGCCUACGUGCCAGUGGCCGGCUCGUUUUGCACCUUUGCGGGCCGCUAUGUGGACGAUGCGUUCGGCUUCGCCCUUACGUGGAACUACUGGUUCAACGACGCCGUCUCGACGGCCGCGGACCUCGUCGCCCUGCAGCUCAUCCUGCAGUACUGGACUGACUCGUUCCCCUGGUAUGCGUUGGGCUUGAUCGUGUGGGUGGUUCUCGUGCUUGCCAACAUCAUCAAUGUCAGGGCGUACGGCGAGCUGGAGUACUGGCUCAGCCUGCUCAAGGUCGUGACCAUUAUCAUCUUCAUCAUUCUCAGCAUAGCGGUGAAUGUAGGCGGGAACACGGACCACGCCUACAUUGGCGGGAAGAAUUGGCACAUUGGCGAUGCGCCCUUUGUCGGCGGCAUAGGCGGCUUCGCCUCGGUCUUUGUGACGGCGUCGUUCGCCUACGGCGGCACCGAGUCCAUCGCCAUCACGGCGGGCGAGACGCGCGAUCCGGCGCGCACGCUGCCGCGCGUUGUCCGCAACGUCUUCUGGCGCAUCCUGCUCUUCUACAUCCUCUCCGCGCUCAUGAUCGGUCUCAACGUCCCAUAUAACUACCCAGACCUGAACACGAAAUCCACCCAUACCUCGCCGUUCACUAUUGCCUUCACCAUGGCCGGCUCCAAGGUCGCCGGCUCCUUCGUCAACGCCGUGAUUCUCACUAGCGUCAUCUCAGCCGGCAACCAUGCCCUUUUCGCCGGGUCCAGGCUGCUAUUCACCCUCGGCGCGAACGGGCAUGCGCCCAAAGUGUUCACGAAGCUCACGCGGUUUCAGGUGCCUUGGGUGGCAGUGCUCACCACGAGCUUCAUCUCUGGGUUGCUCUUUGGCGCCUCGUUCAUCGGCGCCGGUCAGCUGUGGACCUGGCUGCAGAACAUCGUUGGCGUCUCGAACCAGCUGUCGUGGAUCUCGAUUGGCAUCGCGUCGCUGCGCUUCCGGGCUGGCAUGAAGGCGCAGGGUAAGGAGCACCUCCUGCCAUUCAAGAACUGGACGUACCCCUUUGGUCCUAUCAUCGCGGUCGUUCUGAACGGCUUCAUCAUUCUGGUGCAGGGGUGGAGCAGCUUCAAGGGCGGCUUCAGCCCCGUGGACUUCGUGAGCUAUUAUAUCGAGCUGCCCAUCUUUGUGAUCAUGAUCAUCAUCUGGAAGCUGGUCAAGAAGACGGAGUUCAGGAGGGCGCAUGAUAUGGAUCUGGUCACGGAUGUCUAUACGAAAGAGGACAUGGAGGUUGAGCAGGACGGCUGGAAGGGGAGAGGGAAGAGGUUCAGUACAUGGCUUUGCUUUUGA